CGCGCACGUCGCGCAGCGUAUCAUUCCCACGAUCUUCGCCAUGGCAUUCAUCACGCGCCAGAACAUCAGGACCCUCUCAUCUUCUGCGGCUCUGCGUGCUGCGAUUAAACAUGUCACAGUCAUCGGAGGCGGGCUGAUGGGGGCUGGCAUCGCACAGGUUGCUGCAUCCACAGGACAUUCAGUGGUGCUGGUGGACACAUCUGAGGACAUACUGAAGAAAUCUGCAAAGGGUAUUGAGUCUAGUCUGAAGAGAGUGGUGAAGAAGAAAUUUGCAGAAAAGCCUGAGGAUGGAGAGGCCUUCGUUCAGAAAGUCCUGAAGAACAUCUCUACUAGCACAGAUGCUGCGUCUGUAGUUCAGGGCACUGAUCUCGUGGUGGAAGCUAUUGUGGAAAACCUAAAAGUCAAACAAGAUCUGUUUGGAGCUCUGGACAAAGCUGCCCCACAUAUGUUGUUUUGUUUCACGUCCUCUCUGCCAAUCGCAGACAUCGCCAGCUCCACGGCCAGAUUAGAUCGCUUUGGUGGUCUGCAUUUUUUUAACCCCGUCCCAAUGAUGAAGCUGGUGGAGGUGAUUAAAGCUCCAGCAACAAGCCAACAGACUUUUGAUGUUCUCCUUGAGUUUAGCAAAGCUUUGGGGAAGCAUCCUGUGUCAUGCAAAGACACUCCAGGUUUUAUAGUGAAUCGUCUGCUGGUUCCUUACAUGCUUGAGGCUGUGCGGCUACACGAGAGAGGUCACGGUUCCAAGGAAGACAUUGACGUGGCCAUGAAGCUUGGGGCCGGUUAUCCUAUGGGUCCGUUUGAGCUCCUGGACUAUGUUGGAUUGGACACUUCCAAGUUUAUUAUUGACGGUGAGCAUUUUGAAUUGAGCAUCCCUAAUAGAUAACUCUUUGUUUGCAGUCAGUUGCUCAACAAACUGGUAGCAGAGGGCAAACUUGGCAAGAAAACUGGCGAGGGAUUCUACAAACACAAGUAAAACAAGUGAAGAUUAAAUCUGACAGCAGAAGUCUUGUCAGUGAAAUGCACUGGACUGAGCCGCUCGUCCU